GAUGAUUUGUGCUGUCAGGUGAUCUUAAAACAUUUUUGUCUGUGUUUGCUCAUGUUUGGAUUGUGUCACCAUAGUAACUGAUAAACAUUCCACAAACAGAGAUACAUGUAGAAUAUCUCCAGUGUGAUGUCUCUGCAAAGCAUCAAUAUUUGUGACCGGUGCCUAAUCUUUUUACACAGAAAGCGACUGGAGGAUCUGCUCUACACCGACCGCUUCUUCAGACAGGACUUUGCUGUGGUCCUCCAGCCUUUUCUGAAGCACGCCGAUCCACCACGCCUCCCGGAUGGGAGGAUUGACAUGUCCUUCUUCACUCACGACUGUUUCCACUUCACCAUAAAAGGACAUGAGGAACUGGCCAAAGGGCUCUGGAACAACAUGUUUCAGCCUUACAGUGAAAAGACGAUCGUGAACAGUUUCUCAGACCCCAUCUCCCUCAUCUGUCCUCCUGCUGAACAUCCGUACAUCUACACCCGACCCAUGACACCGAGGUCCAGCUCCUCUUCUCCUCACAGCUUUCUCCUCCUCAUCCUCCUCUUCAUCAUGAUCCAACUGUAACAGCUCUGUGUCACUGUGUCGUCCAUUACAUAAAAUACACUUAAAAUUUCCAAAUGUGUGAGUUAUUUUGACCCAGACUGUGAAUCAUUCAUAAGAUCUUGAUACUGCAGCUGAUGUCAUUAACAUUCUAAGCGGGUAUGACGCUAACUGGAAGCACUGCUCUGUCUGAAACUCUGUUAGAUUUUAGUCUCACUAGAAAAACUGAAUGAGUUGGAAUUACAGCUGAUUUGUACUGUUAAACAAGUCCCACUCAAAAAACAUCACAGUCACAAGCUCCCUAGCGUUAGUGAACAGUUUUUCAGUUCCUUUUUUUGUAGAAGCACCUGCUGCACCUGCUGCACCUGCCGAACCUGCCUCAGUCAGAGUAAUUACACUGGUCAAACAUGAGGAUAUAAAAAGAGCUCAGUAUGUUUGACUAUAACAUGGCGGUCUAUUGUCUACUGUUUUAUGUCCCUGUGUGUCAGAUGCCCUUCUGUCCUCUUAUAUCCACAUGUGUCAGAUGCCCUCCCAGCUUCAUGUAUCAGUGUGUGUCAGAUGUCCUC